UCCGAGUGAACUGAGGAAUGUUACCCCGCAUUGCUCGAAAGGGAAAAAUAAGAGACUUCCACCGAUGAUGUGACUUAGCUUUCAUAACACAGUGCCUUAGGUCCUUAGAACUCGACGCAACAAACUGGUGUGUGUCCAAACUUAAUGGAUGGAGAUGUGCCCAGGGCCAUCUGUCCAGGCGCCGUAUUCUCAAACAUUUUUAAACCCACAUUUCGCUCUGCUGAUGUUGAAACGUUGAACGUGCGGUAGUGUCGUGAAAUAUUCAAUGGAAUCAUUCGUACUACAUGACAUUUGGAAAAUCUCCUGGUGAAAGAAGUGUUACAGUAUAUCUUGUAGCCCCUCCCGCUUGUGCAGUCUGCCUGCUCGGCGUAAUAAGAGUGCGAGAGAGGCGCCUUGACAGCAUCUCAUCCUAAAACGUUGCCGCGGCCAGAGACACCUUCCAGACAAACGAGUCAUACCCAGCCGUGGUGAUGGCGGCCAGCCUGGGGGGACCCCUCACCCCGCCCGCCGCCCCGGACAUCCCCUUCGCUGAUGCCGACGCCCCAGACAUAGUGGAUGCCCCCGACGCCCCACCCGCCCCACCACCCCUGUAUUCGAUUCCCCGAGGGGGCCACCCCCGGGCGGUGGUGGGGGCCAUGGGCUUCCCUCUGUACCAGAACACCGGGCCGCGCCCCAGCCUGAGCCGCACAGCCUCCCUCCCGCCCAGCAGCACACGCCCACCCUACGCCCCCUCCUUGGCACGCCAGGGGAGCUGCGGCGGCCUGGAGGUAGUGGAAGGCGUGGACGGGGCGGUGAAGGUGGCCACGGACCGCCCCCACCUGGUGUCCAUGGGCGGCGGGAGGCUGUCAACGGCCGUGACACUACACCCCAUAAACGAGGGGCGCACCAUGCUGGGCGCGGGCGGCAUGGGCGUGGUGCCGGACAUCGUGGUGAUUGGCACGGGGGUGGAGGCCGAGCACUGCAUACUCUUAAAUAAUGACGGCGUGGUCACCCUCACGCCCGCAGCCGGCGUCGUCACCAUCGAUGGCCUCAGGAUCACGACGCCCACCAGGCUGACCCAAGGUUGCAUGAUAUGUCUGGGCCGGAGUAACUAUUUCCGCUUCAACCACCCGGCGGAGGCCCAGCAGAUGCGAGCCAUCCUGCCCAACGCCAGGAUCAGUAUGGUGCCCAUCAAUUUCUACCCAGCCGUGGACAACCCUGAGUACUUCCACAUGGCCGGGGGGGACGCCGCGCCCUCCCCGGCCAGUAGCGUGGGGGGGUCGGCACCCACCACCCCCGGGGAGCCCAAGCCGCCCGUGCCGCCCCGCCGCACGCCGCCCUCCACCCUGCGUCUGCCUACCACGCCGCCCGCCACAGAGGACAAGGUGCUUCUUCGUGAGCCGCUGACCAGCACCCCCACCGACCUGCCACUUCCGGGCGAGUUCUCCCGCCCAGCCAGAGACGGACCGAAGACCCACCACCACCACCAGCACCACCACCCUCACCACCACUACCAUAACCACCACAACCAUAACCAUCAACACCAGCACCACCAUCAUCCCACCAACUUCGACGACAACUACAUCAACAGCAACAGUAUUAGCAGCACCAUCGGCAUCCUUACCAACAACAACAACAGCAACAAUAAACACAAGAAACCGGGCGAGGACAGCGACAGCGAUUCUGACACUCCUCCUGAGGUGCCGCCACGCUCCGAAGCAUCCCAGGGUCGCACCACCAACACCUCUGUCAACGGUGUGGCGGGCGGCAGGGCUCCCACCAAGCCACGCUUCACCGGGGAGUACAUAUUCACCAACAGCGACCUGCCGCCGCCGCUGGCCCCUCGCGCCCCCAGCAGCGCGGCGCGGUGGAGCCCUGUCGGCGGCCCCGGCGUGGUGUGUUCGGCGGGCAUGACUUCCGUCCACAACAUCAUGUACCGCUCCUUGCCCCCGCCGCCCCCUUCGCCUGGCCACUCCACCCCUACCCACACCCCCACUCACCACCACCACCCUCAACCCCACCACCACGCCCACACCUCCCCUAGCUCAUCCCUACCCUCCACCCCUGGCCCCCUCACGCCCACUACGCAGGCCCCUCCCGUGCCCAUAAUGCCCGCACCGCUCACGUCCACCAGUCCGGCCGCCACGCUGCCGCCUACGCCCACCACCCGCUCGUCGGGUCACCUCCGCACGCCCUCCAGCGGGUCUGGGGUGAGUGUGGGGUCCCCAUCCAUGUCUGCGUCGUGGGCUCCCGGUCCGCUGAGGGAGGAGAGCAGGUCGUCCACUCGCUGCUCCCUCGAAGAUCUCCGUCACAGCGAACUCAAGAAGCAGCAGGCGGUGGAGGAGCGCGUGCGGGAGCAGGAGGUGGCCUCGGCGGAGCGGGCGCGGCUUGAGGAAAUCCUGACGCUGUGUGCUGAGUACGAGCGCCAGCAACAGCAGCAGGGGCAGGGCGGGGCGCCGGGCACGUCCCCCCGUGGCCCCCAGAUCCUGCCCCACCACCACUCCCCCCACUACACCCUCACGCAGAACAGAAUCAAGACCAACGGCUCGCUACCACGGGACAAACGCCUGCCCUCCUCCCCUCCCCCCACUGGCCUACCCACCACGCCCACCUCCUCGCCCACGCCCACCCCACCCGCCGCCUCGUCCCUCCCCGGCUCCAGCCUCAAGACGCCGUCCGCCAACUCGGAGGAUGAGCUGAGUGCCAUCUUCAGCUUCGAGCACAGUGACGUCAUCAGCCCGGCGCACCGCACGGCCUCCCUCAACAGAAGUGGGAACUUGCCAAGCUACCAUCCUUUCCCCAACCCUGCUCCGCUACAGGUUCCUUCCCAUUCCCCAAGUCCUAGCAGUCCAAAGAGUCCCUAUGAGAAUGUCAGCCCUUCUUACCUCACCUACCCGAUGCCUCAGAGCCCACGCACGCGCAUCAAGACCAUCGUGGGCAAGGAGAGGACAGACAGGCGAGACAACUGUGAGAUCAUAGAAAACAGAAUGGCCAUAUCAGAAUUCCAAGGAGGAGCAAAUGAAAACAAGAAAAUUAGGGGCCCCAGAAGUCAAAAAGAAAGUACGAGAAACAAGGAAAACAGAAGUCCCUUUAUGCGGUCUGACUCCUCCAGUUCGCCAGAAGUCUUGUCCCCCCCACCAAGGCCUCCGAGAUCUCCUAGGAUAGAAAGGUCUGUGCUUGGGGACUCACCAACCCUCAACAAAAUGAAUAGUGACAGCAGUGGCCUCACACGGGAUUGUGAUGCUGCUGCCAUUCAACUGUCAAGUGCUGUGUGUAGUGAUGUGUCAGCAAGAACUGAAGAAAGAGUGCAUACCUAUGAAAACAGCAGCUGUCAUGUUGCAGUGCAAAGUAGAAAUAGAAAUUCAAAAGACACUGUAGAUCAUUCAAAAGACUCUCCCAUGCCUGGUCAUUCCAAAGAUAAAUCAGUGAAGCUUACUUAUGAAUCUGUUGCUGCAGCAGAUCAGGAAAGAGUAUGCAAUAAGGUUUUAGAAGAGCAUAUUAUCAAAAAUAUUCAAGACACAUUCAACAUUGACGACGUGCCUGGGGAGAUAGAGCGCCUGAGAGGGAUCAAGAAUGAGGCACUACAUUCAGUCACUGAUCUCAAACGAAGUGUCACUGAGCUAGAGAACACAGAAGAUGAAGCUUUGAGAGAGCUUGAGGUUGAGAGAGCAUUGCUGGAAGGGGAGCUUGUGCCCAUGAGGGAAAAGGCAGCUAUGGAAGAGGAGCGUUUGGCUGCUUUGCUACAGAAGAGUCAAGAGCUGGAGGAACGCUGCCUUCAAGAGCGGCAGCACCACCAGGAAGCCAUUGAGGCUUGUCGCUCACGCUUGGAAGAAGCUGAGAGAGAGUUGGAUCAGUUGGAGGGAAAGAGUGAAAACUUUAGUGGCACCACAGAUGAAGAAACUGAAAUGUUGGAGACACUGAAGGCUCAACAUGAAGCCGUUGAGGCAGAGCGCAAGUUUUUCUUUUUCUAUAUUCGGUGGAAGAAGGCGAAGAAAGUGUUUGAGGACACUGAGUUCCACCAGAUGGAGGCCGAGGCUCACCGAGAGGCUGAAAGAGAGGAACUCAAUAAGGAGAUUGCAGAGGUGAGAGAGAAGUUGACCAGUCGGCAUGCAAAGAUCGUGGAGUUGGAGCGGCACAUGUUGGAGAUGACUGUCUCUGUGAGGCAAGAGACAGAAGUCCUAGAGAAAGAACGCCAAGCUCUCCUUGCAAAAGUUGCAAAGGAGCGAGGGCAGCUGACAGCAGCAGAGCGCCGACUGGGUGAACUCAUCCGCUUGGGGGUCGUGCCUUCCAAUGGCCAGAGCUCCCCAACUUGCUCGUCAGACACAGAGGAGAGUGGCGGGGCUGAGCUGGUGGAGCGGCUCUCCCGCCUGCACCUCUUAGACCGUUCUCAGGAUGAUCUUGACAGAAUACACCAGGUCACAUCAUCCACCCCCCUGGGCUGCCCUGAUGGAUCGCUUGGUCGCAAAACAUCGGCAACACUCAUGGAAAUUGAGCGUAAUCGGCAGCUGCUCCUAGCCAAGCAAGGGACUUUGGUAAUUGAAAAUGAAAGACGCCGUGUGGAAGAGUUAAAGAGACGUGUGGCGGAUGAGGUGAAAGCCCAGUGGGAGGAGAGGAAGGCUAAGGAACAGAGGGAUGUGAACUGUGCUUCCCUAAACAGUGUUGGCUCAGAAGACUCCUCUCUCACCUCCUCUGACCUUCACACCGAAAGCAUGUGCAGUGAUGACCUCCUGGAGAAGCGGAGCAGCGGAGAGAGUGUGGCCCGCGACCUUUCCCAAGUCAAGAUGCGACAGCGGGAGAGUGGCGAGGUGGCGAGUGGAGGGGAGGACGGGCGGCCUCUGAGUGACGCCUCCUCGUGCUGUGAUCCCGCCGAUGCAGCUGUAAAGUACCGCGAGAGGGCCAGAACGCAGCAACGACCUUUGACGAGAUACCUGCCGGUGCGCAGUGAACAGCACUUUGACCUCAAGCAACACAUUGAGAGUGCUGGCCACCAGAUUGAGCUCUGCCCUUUCAUCGUUGUCUCAGCCACAGCCUGCCGUGGUUACCUCCACAAACUGGGUUCAAAAUUCCGAACGUGGCAGAAGAGAUGGUUUGUAUUUGACCGCUCAAAACGAGCACUCAUGUACUACAGUGACAAGAGCGAAAGCAAGCCAAGGGGAGGAGUUUACUUCCAGGCUAUUGAAGAAGUGUAUGUGGACCAUCUCCAUUCUGUCAAGUCUCCAAACCCCAAACUCACUUUCUGUGUCAAGACCUACGAGCGGACGUUCCACCUCAUGGCCCCAUCACCAGAGGCAAUGCGCAUCUGGAUUGACAUAAUCUUCACUGGGGCAGAGGGUUACCAGGAGUUCCAAGGAGGCACCUGAAACCAGUACAGGGAGUUUAAUUAGCAGUAUGUACCUGCUUCUUGUCAUUUUAAGAAUUAUCUGGAUACAUGUCAUCCAGCAGGAGGCAGGCCUCCUUGUUUUGCCUGCACUGAAGAGAAUAGACAGUCCUCCUAUCACCUUGGAUAGGGUUGUACAUGACCAGGUCACGCUUGCUUUGCAGGCCAUAUUUGACUUUUUUGAGUGAGAGAAAAUUACUUCAUGCAUAUUCCUUCUCACAUUUCAUGUGCUGUUCUUUUCUUAAUUUUCAUUUAUUUACUUUUUUUAGACAUAAAUUAUUAUUUAUUUCUUUAAUAGAAAUAACCCAUCAUAAUUCUUAUAGAAUAGAAUUUAUCUGUCCUUGAAUCCUUGUAUUGAUUUGUAUGUAUACCAAAUUCAGUAAAAAAAAAUUGUGUAUAAUAUGUAACUACUAUUGAAUACUUUUUCUUUUUUUUUAAUAUUAAUUCAAAAAACUUGGUGUGGAGAUGCCAGAUCUACCAAUGUAUUUAGUACUUAUUUUAAUCUACAGUCUUCCAACCCUUGGGUCAGUAAGAUGAGUGAGAAGUUUCUAAACAACACAUGCCCAAGAAUCAAUGCCUUGAGGGUCCUGGAAGAUGAAGUUAUUAAUUGUUGGAGCUACCAAGCAGAGUUGACUACAGUGUUUUGUGGCAAGCUGAGGUAUAGAAAAGAUGGAAAGGGAUGAGACAAUGGAAUGUGUUACUUAAUUUGAGAAUGAUGACGUGUGGGUCCAAACUUCUCCUGCACAUGGGAGGAUGUUAUAUAUACUCUGUAUGAACUGUUACACUACAUUUUGAUAAUAAUUUUAAGCUUCAUACCUUUGUUAAAGCAAUAGCAAUUAGCAAAAUAUGCAGACAUGAUUUUUUUUCAUAACCAGCUUUAAUUACAUUAUACAAAAUUUUCAGAGCAGUUUUUUUUUUAUAUAUAAAUGGGCCAUUACAAAAGAUGUGCCCAAUAGCCAAGCUUUUAUUAUUGUGAUUUUAUCAAAUACAAUUGUAUGUUUGGUUUUCAGUGUUGUGACUGUCUGGUGCUACAGUCUUUUUUGUAGGGUUAAGUAAAUCUUUUUACGUAGUCAUGAAUAAAAUGAACUGGGAAAAAAGGAGUUUCCCCAGGUUGUAGUUAUAAAUAUAGUCAUUUGGAUGCUCAAUAAUGAUAGCUGGUCACUGUACACGGAUAAUGUAGUCCCAGUAAAGACUGACCACUAUACAGAGACGGUGCAGUACUCAGUCAACGCUAAACAAGAGUUCAGAGGAGAAAUUCUUGGCUGCCAUCCACCCCAUCAUUUUGUAACAUUUUCUGAUUAAUACCAUGAAGUGGACCUUCAUUAUGAGAUGUUAGGAAAAGCAUUUUUUUUACUACAAAUUUACAAGCAGAAUAUCAUGUGCAUUUAAAAGUAUUGUAUGAUGGCUUGAUAAAAAUGCUUACAGAAAACAGGCACAUGUGCAGUACAUACACGCAUGCUAUAACCCAGCAACUAUUCACAUGUUAUACCAGGAUUGAAAAAUUAUAUAUAUCAGUUGCAAAAUAAAAUUGGAAAUUUUCCAUUCAGAAUAAACAUUUUUAACUUAUGACUAUGAAUUCUAUUGAAUAUUUUGUAGUUAUUCCCCGUCAACUGUUUAUGGGGAAUUCUUUCAGUGCUGAAGGUGUGGGGGGUCAAAUAUGUCUUCCGCCACUCUUGUAGAUAUAAACCCAGCUGUGGCUUAUUCUUCUAUUCUUUGUCUACCAAAAGCAUAGAUGAUCCUGUAACCCAUCCAGUCAUUCAAAAUACUUCUUCUCAAAUGCACUUUCUUGAGGCACAUUUAUCUAAAUCAUCUCUGGGUAUUCAACUACCUUGAAUUACUUGGAAGCUUGUGUUCUUUCAAAAUCAUUUGCAACUGUUGGUUUCAGUGAUUGAUAUAUGUGUGAUGAACAUAACAUAGGUACAAAACUUUUGCUCUAAUGUAGUAUGAUAUACAAAUUUAUUAGUUAAUGUCUUAUAGCAUGUACUUAUGUACUGCAGUGGCCUAAUAUAUUUGUAUGCUUUUAUAUAAAUUAAUUUGUAAAUGUAUUUUAGCACAAAAAGCUAAAAUUUUACAUAUAUAACUCAUAAAUAUAUUUUUAUGAACCACAGAAGUGUAAAUAAAUAAUCCUAUUUACAUCCCAUGGCAUCAGUAUUUUGUAAGCAGGAUCCAUUAGUGAUGGAGACUAACCCAGGCCACACUGCUUCUACAGCAAUUUUACUAUGUUAUUCAUAACCAUAGAAAGCACAACCCUAUCAUAAGCAUGGUGUGGACAUGAAAAGCCUACAAAUAAAAAUAGCCACAUUCA